AUGGAAAAGCCCACUUCAAGCACCAACGGGGAGAAGAGGAAAAGCCCCUGCGACUCCAACAAAAAUGAUGAGAUGCAGGAGACACCAAACAGUGACUUAGCCCCCGAACCAAGUUUGAAAAAGAUGAAAACAUCAGAAUAUUCAACAAUAUUAGUGUUGUGCGACAGGAAAACUAAGAAAAUACAUUCAAAUCAACUGGAGAAUGACCAGUCUCUGGAGAACUCCAUCAAUCCAGUCCAAGAGGAGGAGGAUGAAGACCAAGAUUCUGCUGAAGGAUCUUCACAGGAGGACGAAGACCUAGACUCAGCUGAAGGAUCUUUGAUAGAGGAAGAAGACCUAGACUCAUCCGAAGGAUCUUCGACAGAGGAAGAAGACCCAGACGCAUCUGAAGGAUCAUCAGAGGAGGGUGACAAAGACUAA